AUGUUAUCUGCUGCUUCUAAGGAAAUUGUUAAAGCUACCGUCCCGGUCUUAGAAGAACACGGUACUGAAAUAACCUCUACAUUCUACAAAAUGAUGUUUGCUGGUCAUCCUGAAUUGUUGAACAUCUUCAACAGGACAAAUCAAAAGAAGGGUGCCCAGCAAACCGCUUUAGCUACUACUGUCUUAGCUGCUGCCAAGCAUAUCGAUGACUUAUCUGUCUUGUUGCCACAUGUCAAACAAAUUGGUCACAAACACCGUGCUUUACAAAUUAUGCCAGAACACUACCCAAUUGUUGGCCACUACCUAUUAAAAGCCAUUUCCGAAGUUCUUGGCGAUGCUGCUACCCCAGAAAUUAUUAAAGCUUGGGGUGAAGCUUACGGUGAGAUCGCUGACGUUUUCAUUUCUGUUGAAAAGGAAAUGUACGAUGCCGCUGCUUGGCCAGGUUGGAAACCAUUCACCGUUGUCGAAAAGGAAAAAGUUGCUGAAGACGUUUACCAAUUCACUGUUAAACCAGACAGUGAUUUAGUUCUACCAAAGGUUGUCCCUGGUCAAUACAUCACCGUCAACACCCAUCCAACUAGAGAUAACAACCAAAAUGAUGCUUUACGUCACUACUCUAUUUCCUCCAUUGACACUUCUAAGGGCUUGAAGUUUGCUGUUCGUUUAGAGACUAGUCCAAACAAUCCAGCUGGUUUGGUCUCUGAAUUCUUACACAAUGAGGUUCACGUUGGUGACACCAUCAAAUUAAGUGCUCCAGCUGGUGAUUUUGCACUAAAUGAAGAUUUGGUUGAACAAAACGAAAUUCCAUUAGUCUUAUUAGCUUCUGGUGUUGGUGUCACCCCAUUACUAUCUAUGUUAGAGUACCAAGUCAAUAACAACCCAGAAAGACCAAUUGUUUGGAUCCAAUCCUCUCGUACUGAAGCUAAGGAAGCCUUUACCAAGCACGUCACUGAAUUAUUGGCCAGGGCUAAGAAUGUCAAGAGAUACAUCAUCCACACUAAUGUCAGCAAGCGUAUUGAUGAUAAUUUCUUGAAGGAAAAUGUUCCAUCUCAUGCAGAUGUCUACAUCUGUGGUUCUUUACACUUCAUGGAGUCUAUGAUUAAAUACUUACAAGUAUUAGAACACAAGGAUGAUAUGAUCCACUAUGAACCAUUUGGUCCAAAGAUGAGUACUGUUGAAGUUGGUUUAAAGAAGAACUGA